CGACAAUUUAGUGGCACAUCCGUUGCCCCAUGUUUUCAAAAUUAUAUAUAGAAAUUUGGAUACUUUAUUAAACAUACAACUUUAUAUGUCAUGAGGGUGGAAAGGGAAUACUGAUGCUACAUUUCCCUUUAAGCUGUUUUAUGCUAGCUGAUUUGUAUGUAUGCCUUUAGCUUCCACACACGCUAUUCCCUGUCGCAAUCAUUCUUCUUCUUCAUCUUUUUCAGGUGUUUUACUUCCACUGCCCCCUAAAAUCACAGUUCCGGUGGAUCUAAGUUUGAAGGAAGUUAAUUAGGUUUAUCAAAUCAGGGCAACAGGUUAUCAAGAACAAGCAUAAGAUUCAUUCAACGAAGUUUCUUUAGAUGUUGGGUUCAUCUUCUUGUUCACAUCAUCAUCGUCAUCAAGAACAACAUCAAGAAGAAGUUCAUUUACAAGCAGAUCUAUCCCGACCACAACCACCGGAAAUGGUCGAACAUUUACGGCAGCACCACAACCACGAGAUCCAACAAGUUCACCAUCAAGAAGUUGAGAUGAUGAGCAGGUUGAGUAGUUACAACCCACCAUCAGUCUACUUGCGUCAUCUUCUCUUAAGCUGUGCUCACUCCAUUUCCCGCUCUGACUACACCGCCGCCCACCGUAUUACCACCGUCCUCUCCUCCAGUUCUUCCCCUUACGGCGAUUCAUCUGAAAGAUUAAUCCACUCCUUCACUAAAGCCCUCUCCUUACGCCUUCUUCUCCACCUUCAACCACUACCGAGUACACCUAGUAGCAUUCGCUCUAGUUACUCCUCUAAUUACCUUGAUGAAAAUGAUGAUGCUAUUCUUCAGUCAUCAUAUUUGUCGCUGAAUCAAAUAACACCCUUUAUUAGAUUUAGUCAGCUGACUGCUAAUCAAGCAAUCUUGGAUGCUAUCGAUCAAACCCAUUGUCUUCAACAACAACAACAACAUCCUCAUGACAUUCAUAUACUCGAUUUUGACAUCAUGCACGGUGUCCAAUGGCCGCCUUUAAUGCAAGCUAUCGUCGACCGCCACCAGCCACCAACCCUCCGCAUCACAGCCACUGGUACUAACCUUGAUGUCCUCCAUAGAACGGGAAAUCGUCUCUCCAAAUUCGCCCAGUCACUCGGCCUAAGAUUUCGAUUCUUUCCCCUCCUACUGCCUCAAACAAACAUCAACCACACAGUCGACGAUGUAAUCGACCACCUAUCUGCGGUUCACCUCCUCCCAAACGAAAUCCUAGCCGUCAAUUGCGUCCUCUACCUCCACCGUUUCCUAAUAGACCGAGAGAAACUCUGCUUGUUAUUAAGAAAGAUCAAAGCCAUGAACCCUAAAGUGGUUACUUUAGCGGAAAAAGAAGCAAACCACAACCAUCCAAUAUUUAUAUCAAGAUUCGAGGAGGCUUUGAACUAUUAUUCCGCCAUCUAUGACUCACUGGAGGCAACACUACCUCCUAACAGCCGGGAAAGGAUGGAGGUGGAGCAGGUAUGGUUCGGCAGAGAGAUUACCGAUAUAGUGGCGACGGAGGGAGAGAAAAGAAGAGAGAGACACGAGAGAUUCAUAUCAUGGGAGACGAUAAUGAGGAUCGCUGGAUUCCAAAACAUUGCGUUAAGCCCAUUUGCUCUUUCACAAGCCAAGCUGCUUUUGCGACUUCAUUACCCUUCUGAAGGUUACAAUCUUGAGGUUGUAAAUGAUUCUUUCUUCUUGGGUUGGCAAAAGCAACCCCUUUUCUCUGUUUCAUCUUGGCAUUAAUUAAGUAGAUACAUCUUCAUUAUAUAUAAUCAAAAUGACAAAAUCCAAUCAAUAUCUUACCUACAUA